AUGGAGCCACUGAUGCUGCUGCCACUCACCGUCCUCCUGUCAUACCUUGGCCACGGCACUGGCGCCGGCGCAACGCCUCCGCGGUUUAACUCCAUCUUUAGCUUCGGCAACUCGUACGCGGACACUGGGAACUUCGUCCUCCAGUGCGCCGGCCUCCCCUCCGUCCCCUUCAACCAGUCUCCCUACGGCGAGACCUUCUUCCGUCGCCCCACCGGCCGCCCCUCCGAUGGCCGCCUGAUAAUCGACUUCAUUGCGGAGGCGCUACAAGUCCCUCUCCUCCCACCGUUCCUGUCGUCGAGGCAGCCCCACCAGGACUUGGACUUCAGCCGCGGUGCGAACUUCGCCAUCGUCGGCGGCACGGCGCUGGACGUGGGGUUCUUCCUCCGGCGCAGCGCGGCCAGCGUGCCGCCGUUCCGGAGCUCCCUGCGCGUGCAGAUCGGGUGGUUCCGCAGGCUGAAGCGGUCGCUCUGCAACACCACUACUGCGGCCGCGGCCGCGGGGUGCAAGGACCGCCUGAUGGCGAGGUCGCUGUUCGUCGUGGGCGAGCUGGGCAGCAACGACUACGGCUACAUCCUCGCCGGCGGCAAGAGCCUCUCGGAGGCCAAGUCCUUCGUCCCGGAGGUCGUGAAAGCCAUCUGCAGAGGCAUCGAGAGGCUGGUGGAAGAGGGAGCGAGAUACAUGGUGGUGUCGGGGACGCUGCCGGCGGGGUGCUUGCCGAUGGCGCUGACCAAGUACGGGUACGGCGCUGGAGGGAAGGGGAAGGGGAACGCGACGACGGAGUACGAUCGGCGGACGGGGUGCCUGCGGCGGCUCAAUGGCCUGGCGCAGUACCACAACUGGAUGCUGCGGGAGGCCGUCGGGCGCAUGCGCCGGAAGUACCCGACCACCAAGCUCGUCUACGCCGACUUCUACCGGCCGGUGGCGCGGCUCCUCCGGCGGCCCGCCAAGUUCGGGUUCACCGAGGAGCCUAUCCGGGCGUGCUGCGGCGGAGGCGGGCCAUACAACUACAACCCUGGGGCAGCCUGUGGCUCACCUGGCUCCACCGUUUGCCGUCAGCCGUCUGCGCAUGUGCACUGGGACGGCAUUCACUUGACCGAGGCCGCCUACAAGUACAUCGCCAAUGGUUGGCUGAAUGGGCUUUACGCCUAUCCCUCCAUCCUGGACCUGCUGCAAUAG